UCCUCAUGCACAAUUUUUGUAUGAACACAGGGAAUGGCUGUUUCUUAGUAGGCACAAAUCCUACCCGUUACAAAUUCCAUGUUCAAGACAAAUCCUUUGAUAAAGAAACGCCAUAAAGUUUGUAACUUUCGUUGAUUGCUGACUUUUUUGGCUUCUGGGGUUUUCUCCAUUUGGUCACUGUGAUCAACCAUCUCAAUUUGACUUCAACAAGAACUACCCUUUGGGUGUGUGUCUCUUUCUCUGCUGAGAAUUCUAGUUGCAGACAAGGAAGUAGCUUAUUCUUUGUAAGUUGAGGCGAAUGGCUUCGCUUGGUGAUAUAGGACUUGCAGCGGCGAUCAACAUCCUUACUGCAUUUGCUUUCUUAAUAGCAUUUGCGGUACUUCGAAUCCAACCCAUUAAUGAUAGGGUGUAUUUUCCAAAAUGGUAUCUGAAGGGUUUAAGGAGCAGUCCGUUGCAAGGAGGGGCGUUUGUGUCCAAGUUUGUCAAUUUAGACUUCAGGUCAUACAUAAGGUUCUUGAAUUGGAUGCCUGCUGCAUUGCAAAUGCCGGAACCCGAACUAAUUGACCAUGCAGGCUUGGACUCUGCAGUAUACUUGAGGAUCUACUUACUAGGGCUGAAAAUAUUUGUCCCCAUUUCACUCCUAGCAUUUUCUGUUAUGGUUCCCGUCAAUUGGACCAACAACACCUUGGAACGUUCCAAUGUGGAGUAUAGUAACAUAGAUAAGCUUUCUAUUUCAAAUAUCCCAACUGGAUCAAAUAGAUUUUGGACUCAUCUGGCAAUGGCUUAUCUUUUUACCUUCUGGACAUGCUAUAUCUUGAAAAGGGAGUAUCAGAUAGUUGCUACAAUGAGAUUGUCCUUUCUUGCAUCUGAACGACGCCGUCCUGACCAAUUUACGGUACUUGUUAGGAAUGUACCACCUGAUCCUGAUGAAUCAGUAAGUGAGCUAGUGGAACAUUUCUUUUUGGUCAACCAUCCAGAGCACUAUCUCACGCAUCAGGUUGUUUACGAUGCAAAGAAACUUUCUAGUCUAGUUGCUAAGAAGAAGAAAAAGCAGAAUUGGCUUGACUACUAUGAACUUAAACAUUCUAGAAACCAAUCCAUAAGGCCAACUAAAAAGACUGGUUUUUUAGGUCUUUGCGGUAGUAGCGUGGAUGCGAUUGAUUUUUAUACUGCUGAAAUUGAGAAACUAUCAGAAGAAAUAGAGUUGGAGAGAGAUAAGGUGAAGAAAAAUCCUAAAUCUAUUAUGCCAGCUGCAUUUGUUUCCUUCCGAACUCGCUGGGGUGCAGCUGUUUGUGCACAAACUCAACAAACCAGAAACCCAACUAUAUGGUUGACUGAGGGGGCUCCAGAACCUCGUGAUGUGUAUUGGGAUAACAUGGCAAUACCAUAUGUUUCACUCUCAAUAAGGAGGCUUAUAAUUGGUGUUGCUUUCUUCUUUCUGACGUUCUUUUUCAUGAUUCCUAUUGCAUUUGUGCAAUCACUAGCUAAUAUUGAAGGCAUUGAGAAGGCAGCACCUUUCUUGAAGUCCUUUAUUGAAAUAAAAUUCAUAAAAUCGUUUAUACAAGGUUUCCUUCCUGGAAUUGCUUUGAAGAUAUUCCUCAUAUUUCUGCCAACAAUUUUGAUGAUAAUGUCCAAGUUUGAAGGUUUUAUAAGCCUGUCCGGUCUAGAAAGGAGAUCAGCCACAAGAUAUUAUAUCUUCCAGUUCAUUAAUGUAUUCCUUGGGAGCAUUAUUACUGGGACAGCAUUCCAACAACUAGAUAAAUUUAUCCACCAGUCUGCAAAUGAAAUCCCAAAAACAAUUGGUGUCUCCAUUCCAAUGAAAGCAACUUUCUUCAUAACUUACAUAAUGGUUGAUGGGUGGGCUGGAUGUGCUGGUGAAAUUUUAAGGUUGAAGCCACUGAUAUUCUAUCAUUUAAAAAACUUCUUCUUGGUGAAGACUGAAAAGGACCGCGAAGAAGCAAUGGAUCCCGGGACUAUUGGUUUCAACACAGGCGAACCUCAAAUACAACUUUAUUUCUUGCUUGGCCUUGUAUAUGCAGUGAUCACACCAUUUCUUCUUCCAUACAUCAUAGUGUUCUUUGGUUUGGCAUAUGUUGUCUACCGUCAUCAGAUUAUAAAUGUGUAUAACCAGGAGUACGAGAGUGCUGCAGCAUUCUGGCCUGAUAUUCAUGGACGUAUUAUAUUUGCAUUAGUGAUCUCACAGCUGCUGUUAAUGGGAUUAUUGAGUACAAAAGAAGCUGCUAACUCAACUCCAUUGCUCAUCAUUCUCCCAGUUUUGACAAUAUGGUUCCAUUUGUUCUGCAAGGGACGAUAUGAACCUGCUUUUGUUCAGCACCCAUUACAGGAAGCAAUGAUGAAAGACACAUUGGAGCGUGCUAGAGAGCCACAGUUGAACUAUAAAGAGUUCCUCCAGAAUGCAUACAUCCAUCCAGUUUUUAAAAGUGAUGAAGACUCUGACAGUGAUGUAAUGAGCCAAGAGUUUGAGGAUGAGCCUAUGCUUGUCCAAACGAAACGCCAGUCUCGGAAAAACACACCUUUGCCUAGCAAACAUAGUAGUUCUUUAUGAGCAUUAAAGGCCUUAGAGUUGAUGUAGAUGACUAAGUGAGUGUUGGAGUCUGGUUAAUGCACAAAGAGCAACAUUGCCUCUGUUAAUACAACAUGGCACGGUUGGCUCACAAGUCCUUUUUUCUUUGUAAAUACUACCAAAAGCAAGUGCUCUAUGAGUAUUAUUCAGAUCAAAAUUUAGUAGCUAUAAUAGCAAGUUUACUAGAAUUGUGUUGUUAUUGGUACUAAA